AUCAGUUUGUCUGACGCUAUGAAGGCAGUAACAUUUGUCCUCUGUAUUUUGGUAUUGGGGGCCCAUUCCCUAUUGGUUAUGGCCGUUGAUUGCGAAAGUGGUGGCCAUAAAUUGAAGGUGGGUGAAUCGUAUAAGCCAGCCGAUCGUUGUGUUCAAUACACCUGUACAGCGCCCGGAAGUAUCACAGGCAAAACUUGCGCCUCAGCAGCCAGUUUGAAGCCUUGCCGCAUUGUUCAAGAUGUUACAAAACCCUUUCCACAAUGCUGUCCCAAAUUUGAAUGCUGAAAAGACUGUAUGUAUGUAUAUGUUGACGUUUAUCAUGCAGUCCAGCUUAGUUUGCUUAUAAAGACCAAAAUUUUAUUCAAUUUUGGUUUGGUAUACAUGCUUGCACUUAUGAAAUAAAUUAUAUAUUCAAUAUCAA